AUGUCGAUCGCUGCCAAGUACUACCCACAAGAACCUAAAGUCCCAGUCGUGAAGACGUCGAGUAUUCCAGGUCCCGAGUCGGUCAAGGAAUUGGCGCAACUGGGCGAGGUCUUCGACGCUAGACCAGCCUAUUUCGUGGCAGACUACGAGAAAUCGCUCGGCAACUACAUCGUCGACGCUGACGGCAACACUUAUCUGGAUGUAUACGCACAAAUUGCCUCCAUCGCUUUGGGCUACAACAACCCCAAGCUGAUCGAGGCUGCGCAGUCUCCAGAGAUGAUCCGUGCGCUCGUGGACCGUCCAGCUCUAGGGAACUUCCCCUCCAAGGACCUGAACUCUAUUUUGAGAAAAAUUCUUAAAUUUGCCCCCAAGGGCCAGGACAAGAUCUGGUCAGGUCUAUCCGGUGCCGAUGCCAACGAACUGGCAUUCAAGGCAGCUUUCAUGUACUACCGUGCCAAGCAAAGAGGUGUCGGCGCUGAGUUUUCCGCUGAGGAAAACAGCACUGUCAUGAAGAACGAGGAGCCUGGUUCUCCUCAUCUAGCUGUGCUAUCAUUCAAGAAAGCCUUCCACGGAAGACUCUUUGCCUCCGGCUCUGUGACUUGCUCCAAGCCGAUCCACAAACUUGAUUUCCCAGCUUUCAACUGGCCUCAUGCCGAAUACCCAUCUUACACAUUCCCCUUGGCCGAGAACGAAGCCGCUAACCGUGCCGAAGACGACCGUUGUUUGAAGAUCGUCGAAGACCUCAUCACCUCUUGGUCCAUCCCUGUUGCAGCCCUCAUCAUCGAACCAAUUCAGUCUGAAGGUGGUGACAACCAUGGCUCCAAAUAUUUCUUACAAUCUUUAAGGGAUCUAACCUUGAAGCUUGGAGUCGUGUACAUCAUCGAUGAGGUGCAAACCGGCGUGGGUGCUACUGGUAAAGCUUGGUGCCAUGAGUGGGCCGAUAUUCAACCUCCAGUUGAUCUGGUAACAUUCUCCAAGAAAUUUCAAAGUGCUGGCUACUUUUUCCAUGACCCACUAUUUGUUCCCAACAAGCCUUACAGACAGUUCAACACCUGGUGUGGUGAACCGGCUCGUAUGAUUAUUGCCGGUGCCAUUGCUGAAGAAAUAACAGAGAACAAUCUGUUGGAUCAAUGUGCUCGUGUCGGAGACUACUUGUAUGCUAAAUUGGAAAAACUGCAAUCUCAAUAUCCUGAUAAGUUCCAGAGGCUAAGAGGACAGAACAGGGGUACCUUCAUUGCUUGGGACUUAUCCUCUUCUGCUGAGAGAGAUGCUUUGCUAAAGGAUCUGAAACUUAAGGGCUGCAACGUCGGUGGAUGUGCCGAAUUGAGUGUCAGACUAAGACCUACGCUAUCCUUCGAAGAGAAGCACGCCGACAUAUUGGUUGAGGCUUUGAGUCAAGCUGUGGCCGAUCUAUGA